AUGAGAUUUCUGCGUUCACUCUCCCCGAGGAACGAGCCUCCAUCACAAGAGACGGGUCGCUUCGAGCAGUGGCUUUUUAGCCUCGCCGUCGCGACAGCAAGACGCGGCCAAGUCCCUGCGCACGUUGCCUAUAUCCUGGACGGGAACCGACGCUGGGGACGGCGUCGGGGUCUUUCGCUUCGCAAUACAUAUCUGGCUGGAUGGGGGCAGCUUAAAAAGUAUGUCGAGCUCUGCACUAGAUGCGGCGUCAGGGCGAUGUCCCUGUACGUCUUCAGCGUGGAAAACUUCAAGCGAUCGGAUGAAGAGGUUGAUACUAUCCUUGAUAUCGUCGUCGGGGGAUUGGACGAGCUGGUGCAGCUUGCGCACGACCUCGACGCAUCGAUCCGGAUAUGCGGGCAGCGCGAGCUCAUUUCUCCACGCGUGCUAGAGAGACUGGAAGGGGCCGCUGAGAGCACAAGGCAUAACCAGAGUGCCAUUGUGAAUAUUUGCUUCGCAUAUGCCUCGACGGUUGAGAUGCGGACGGCGAUACAAUGCAGCGUGCGAGAGCGCCUCGCACAGGAAGCUACGGCUAGCGACACCACAUUCGACACAGUUACGGCUUUGGAUAGAAACAUGUACACGGUGGACAGCCCGCCGCUGGACCUACUCAUCCGCACAGGCAGUACGCAUCGUCUCAGCGAUUUCUUGCUGUGGCAGUGCCACCAGGACACGUCCAUCGUGUUUGUGAAGAAAGCUUGGCCGGAGCUGAGCAUACCCCGCGUCCUGGCUAUCCUCAUCGAAUGGCGACAGAACAAAAGCCCACCGCCACCAACUAUCUCAAAGGCUUGA